GCCGGUUCCGGCUGAAUGUCAGUGCGGAGCUGUGGGCCGGGGAGGAAGGUGGUUGGCGGUCUCUCUACCACCUCUGCGGCUGCCUCCUCCGCUUGUGCUGCCGCUGCGGGCGCCCGGCCGCUCGGCCGCUCGGGCAUGAGACCGUGAGGCGGGCAACGGGUCGGGGCCGCCGACAUGUUUGGCCGCUCGCGGAGCUGGGUGGGCGGGGGCCAUGGCAAGUCUUCCCGCAACAUCCACUCCUUGGACCACCUCAAGUAUCUAUACCACGUCUUGACCAAAAACACCACAGUCACAGAACAGAACCGGAACCUGCUAGUGGAGACCAUCCGUUCCAUCACUGAGAUCCUGAUUUGGGGAGAUCAGAAUGACAGCUCUGUAUUUGACUUCUUCCUGGAGAAGAACAUGUUUGUUUUCUUCUUGAACAUCCUGCGGCAGAAGUCGGGCCGCUACGUGUGCGUUCAGCUGCUGCAGACCUUGAACAUCCUCUUUGAGAAUAUCAGUCACGAGACCUCACUUUAUUAUUUGCUCUCUAAUAACUAUGUAAAUUCUAUCAUUGUCCAUAAGUUUGACUUUUCCGAUGAGGAGAUUAUGGCCUAUUAUAUAUCGUUCCUGAAAACACUUUCGUUAAAACUCAACAACCACACUGUCCAUUUCUUUUACAACGAGCACACUAAUGACUUUGCCCUGUACACAGAAGCCAUCAAGUUUUUCAAUCACCCUGAAAGCAUGGUUAGAAUUGCUGUAAGAACCAUAACUUUGAACGUCUACAAAGUGUCAUUGGAUAACCAGGCCAUGCUGCACUAUAUCAGAGAUAAAACCGCCGUUCCUUACUUCUCCAAUUUGGUCUGGUUCAUCGGGAGCCACGUGAUCGAACUUGAUAACUGUGUGCAGACUGAUGAGGAACACCGGAAUCGGGGGAAACUGAGUGACCUGGUGGCCGAGCACCUGGACCACCUGCACUAUCUCAAUGACAUCCUGAUCAUCAACUGUGAGUUCCUCAAUGACGUGCUCACAGACCAUCUGCUCAACAGGCUCUUCCUGCCCCUCUACGUGUACUCACUGGAGAACCAGGACAAGGGAGGAGAACGCCCGAAGAUCAGCCUGCCGGUUUCUCUCUAUCUCCUGUCGCAGGUCUUCCUAAUUAUACAUCACGCACCCCUGGUGAACUCGUUAGCUGAAGUCAUUCUGAAUGGUGAUCUUUCUGAGAUGUACGCUAAGACCGAACAGGAUGUUCAGAGAAGUUGUGCCAAGCCCAGCAUUCGGUGCUUCAUUAAGCCCACCGAGACGCUAGAGCGCUCCCUUGAGAUGAACAAGCACAAGGGCAAGAGGCGGGUGCAGAAGAGACCCAACUACAAAAACGUUGGGGAGGAAGACGAGGAGGAGAAGGGGCCCGCCGAGGACGCCCAGGAAGACGCUGAGAAGACUAAAGGUACUGAGGGUGGUUCAAAAGGCAUCAGGACGAGUGGGGAGAGUGAAGAGAUAGAGAUGGUGAUCAUGGAGCGCGGCAAGCUCCCAGAGCUGGCGGCCAACACGUCUGUGCAGGAACAGAACACCACGGACGAGGAGAAGAGUGCCGCCGCCACGGGCUUGGAGAGUGCACUGUGGAGCAGACCCUUCCUCGAUAUGGUGUACCAUGCCCUGGACAGCCCAGAUGAUGACUACCAUGCACUGUUUGUGCUCUGCCUCCUCUACGCCAUGUCUCAUAACAAAGGCAUGGAUCCUGAGAAACUCGAGCAAAUCCAGCUCCCAGUGCCUGGUGCGGCCGAGAAGACCACCUACAACCAUCUCCUGGCCGAGAGACUCAUCAGGAUCAUGAACAACGCGGCCCAGCCAGAUGGGAAGAUCCGGUUGGCGACGCUGGAGCUGAGCUGCCUGCUCCUAAAGCAGCAAGUGGUGACCAGCACAGGCUGCAUCAUAAAGGACGUGCACCUGGCCUGCCUGGAGGGCGCGAGAGAAGAAAGCGUUCACCUAGUGCGGCACUUUUAUAAGGGAGAAGAAAUUUUCUUGGACAUGUUUGAAGAUGAGUACAGGAGCAUGACACAGAGUUCCAGGAGGGGAGGUGUCGAUACCAUAUGUCGUCAUAAUCAGAGAAGACUUCCUGGAGGUGGUGUGGAAGCAGGCAGACAGUUGUGCUCUCGUGUGGCCCAGGCGCUGUGGGCAUACGCCCUUCCUCUGAGCUCAGUGUCCCCCUCUGUAAUAAGGAACAGCAUCAGCACCGCUGUCCAGCAGGAGAUGAAGCCCAUGAAUGUGGAGUAUCUCAUGAUGGACGCCUCCAUCCUGCUGCCCCCCACGGGCACGCCGCUGACUGGCAUUGACUUUGUAAAGCGGCUGCCGUGUGGCGACGUGGAGAAGACCCGGCGGGCCAUCCGGGUGUUCUUCAUGCUCCGUUCCCUGUCACUGCAGCUGCGAGGGGAGCCCGAAACCCAGUUGCCCCUGACGCGGGAGGAGGACCUGAUCAAAACGGAUGAUGUGCUAGAUCUGAACAACAGCGACCUGAUUGCAUGCACCGUGAUCACCAAGGACGGCGGCAUGGUCCAGCGCUUCCUGGCUGUCGAUAUUUACCAGAUGAGCUUAGUGGAGCCCGAUGUGUCCAGGCUUGGCUGGGGAGUCGUCAAGUUUGCAGGCCUCCUGCAGGACAUGCAGGUGACAGGCGUGGAAGAUGACAGCCGCGCCCUGAACAUCACCAUCCACAAGCCUGCGUCCAGCCCCCACUCCAAGCCCUUCCCGAUCCUCCAGGCCACCUUCGUGUUCUCGGACCAUAUCCGCUGCAUCAUUGCCAAGCAGCGCCUGGCCAAGGGCCGCAUCCAGGCGAGGCGCAUGAAGAUGCAGAGGAUAGCCGCCCUCCUGGACCUCCCGAUCCAGCCGACGACCGAAGUCCUGGGGUUCAGACUUGGCUCCUCCUCUUCUACCCAGCACCUGCCUUUCCGUUUCUACGACCAGUGCCGCCGGGGCAGCAGCGACCCCACGGUGCAGCGCUCUGUGUUCGCGUCCGUGGACAAGGUGCCAGGCUUUGCCGUGGCCCAGUGCAUAAACCAGCACAGCUUGCCAUCCCUGGCCUCACCAUCUGCCGGCGGGAGCCCCAGCGGCAGUGGGAGCACCAGCCACUGUGACUCUGGAGGCGCCAGCUCAUCAUCCACCCCUUCUGCCACCCAGAGCCCGUCAGAUGACCCCGUGACUAUGGAACAGCCUCAGCCUCAUCUUCCCAGCCAGUUGGUGAUCAUCAGCGACAUGGACGCAGAGGCCAGGCCCAGCAAGAGCCUGGCAAGGAGCGCAGACACGGAGACAGUCAACCUGUCCCCCAGCCUCAUCCCCGCCCAGCAGCCCACCAUCUCCCUGCUCUGUGAGGACACUGCCGACACGCUAAGCGUGGAGUCGCUGACCCUCAUCCCCCCCGUCGACCCCCAUAGCCUCCGCACCCUCACCAGCAUCCCCGCGCAGCUAGGCGAGGAGGCCGCACACCCGGAGCCAACGGGCCCCGCCGAGCACUGAGCGGGCGCCGAGUGGCCUCCCUUUGUGUGUGUGGGCCUGCUGGCAGGGACCCAGUACAGCUGACUCAGAGACACAUCGGGAGCACCCACUGUCCCCGCGGCCCCAGGAACCACGGCUGCCAUCUCUUCUCGUGCUCCUUCACUCUGUUUGAAUUCCCCGCUUCACUUUGCACCUCUUGGAGAGCAGGCUGGACCUGGGGGAGACACCCCAGUGAGCCCAGAUGACCAGGCAGCUGCCUCCGGGAGGAGGGCAGCGUCCUGGUCUCUGAGCCUGAUGACCCUGGGGUGGCAGGACCCCCGCCCCCUCUCUUCAUCAGCCAGCCACCCCGGUCUGGGAGCUCCUCGGCCACCACGCCCAGUGUGCCCGGAACAACUGGACCAAGUCACUUUGGGUAGAAAUUUGUAGAGAAACAAACUUGGAUAAGCAUCUCCUUUGGAUAUUUAUUUCCGCUUUUGGCAGCAGAUAAAAAGCAUUUAUUUAAAAAGCAUCUAUUUAAAAAAAAUAAUAAGUCCAAAAAAAGAAUCCUCAGCCCUUAAGGUUUGACGUCAUGUUAAAAGUAUAAUAUUACUGUUAAGAUUUCAUUUUCAUUUUCAUUUUCAUUUUCCCUCGAACUUCCCAGCGUUGUGUUCUAAAGCUCUCCGUCUGGCUUUCCCUGUUUCCUUCUCUACCACUCGCUAACUCUGCGAGCCUGUGAAAUGAUAAGUACCUUCCUGGAAAGUUUAGCUUAUUUUUUAAACAAAGAUAAGGGAGAUACAUGUAUUCUCAGGUACACCCAGAGCUGAGAGGGCCAAAAGUUUCUCUGUCGCGGUAGCCAAGGCACCUUGCCUUGUUUCCUGAAAAAAACUUCCCAGGAAAGGGGCUGAUGCAGCCAGCUCCCCACUCAGGACCCAUCCUUCAUCUCUCUGGACUGAAACCAGUCAGGACGGCUUCCCAGCAUCACCUUCAGUUCUUACCACCUCUCUUUGUCUAGAGAGAACCAUCUGGGACCGCGCAGACCCCGGCCCCGUGGCCAUGAUGGAAAGAGGAGGCCCCAGAGGCCGUCUUCCAUGUGGCCUGCGCCCGUCUACGUGUGUGCACGCUGCCAUGCAGGGCGAUGCCCAAGGGCCAGGUCCCGCCCGCCACAGGGACACGUCCCGUCUCGACCAGUUGUCCUGGGAGCUCAGGUGUGCCGCUCUCCUUCUCGGCUGCCGCUGCCGACACAAGCUGAUUUUUCAAAUGGAAACUCCCCAGUUGCUUCUCCAUUUGUGCCGGGCGCACGCGGGCCGGUUCUCCGACGUAUCUCAUCGUGCACCUGCGCCGUUCUUGUCUGCGUAGCCGGGCCCAACCCGGUGACCUUCGCCUCUCCCGGGUCGGCGCCAAAACCUUCCACACUUUCCUCCUCGUGUGCCCGCCCACAGUGCGAGCACAUCCGGGCCCGGGGACCGUCGGCCUGUUCAAGGACCACAGGCCUCAUGGCCUCCCUCACCCUGCGGUGGCAGCAGAACCCGCCAAGGAGGGCCGUGGCGCCCGUGGGGACGGGGCUCUCCACCAGGAGAAACCCUCUGCUUAGCUGUGCCCGCCCCGCUUCAAUGGGGAAGAGACCCAGCCCCGAGAAGGAGGCGUGCCGGCAGAAAUUCCAGGGGCCUUGGCAGGAGGGAUGAGCCGUGACCAUCCGCAGAGCCCCACAGCAAGGAGAGGCAGGUGGGAUGGAAGAAGGGGUCAGGUGGUCCCUGACGAGAAAGGGCAUGUCAUCAGCCACAGAGGCCUGCAGCCGGCCACCCAUCCUACUGGAUCCUUUGCUUGGAUAGAAGAGCGGGCUGGCGCUCUGGUUUUGCAGGGACUCUGGGGCAGCAGAAAUGACGGAAGGCAAGUAACUUCCCAGCCCGGUGGCAUUAUUGUAAAGAACAGGCCCCCCUCCAGGACCACCGGCCUGCCCUCUGAAAUCCAGUGGCUCCCAGCGGCUCCACAGCCACCAAGCACUGAAGGAGUUGGGGACAGCACGGUGGGAGGUCCUGCGGCAGCAUUGCCGAGACCCGGAGGGUGGAGUCAAACGAAACGUGCCACCUGCCGAGGGCAGGCAUGCCCCGGAGGUGGGCUUGCAGCGUGGGUCCUGCGGCUUGCCCCAGCAGGACGCCUUGGGGCGUGGGGUGGGGACUUCGUUAACCAGGGGCCCCCUGUCACCUUGCGUGCGGGUGAGGAGGAUGCAUGCGUCCUUGUAUGAGGAGGUCUGGGGUCUGCAGGAGGCAGGCAGCCAUCUUGGCUCUGAUGAAGGACCUGCCUUGCUAGGUCUUGACCAUCAUGGUGGCCGCGGGCACGCUGUGUCUUGGGGAGCACCCCGCAAACCUAACAGCAGGGGCUCUCCGAGGCAGGCCAGCCCAGACAGGGAGUGCCGGGACUCUGGGGCCGGGCAGAGAGAGGUAGAGCCACGAGUCCUUGCAGAGCAGGAGUGGGGACCGUGCCCUCCUGGACUCAGAUUUCUGGGGCCAAGCUCGGCAAGCCCACGCGGCCUACCAUCUGUCUCCACGUCCCACCCUCCUCAAGUCCAUUGGGCCCAUUGGGUUUGCGAAGUCAGGGGCAGGGUUGGCCGCAUGAACCCUCAGACCUCAGCUUUGAACGUUGUGUGGAGAAGCAUAUGUCCUUACAGUGUAGGGGCUCGCACGAGCGAGGGCACCUCUCGCUGAAGGUCAGAUGGGGUGAGGCCAGGAGCUCUCCAGCACCAGCCCCAAAGCCCGAGCAAGGAUGUGGGGCAGAGACGCCAUCCCAGGGAGGGGCAGGAGGAGGGCGUCCACCACUGCAGGCCUUCCCUGCUCCCUUUCCUCCGCCCAGCCUGUCUGUUCCCUGCUCUCUGCAGAAGGCAGCUCCCCCCACCCCCAGCCCCUGCAUUAGCAAACCCCCCCCCCAGGCGGGAGUGAAGAGACCUACCUCGUUAAAGACAUACACUAGAUUUCUCUAAGGUCUCACGAUGCACUGUUAGAAAUAAAGGCACGGCGUGAACGGAUUCUCAUCUUUUUCUCUAGACGCAAUAAAUAAGAAAUACUUAAUGUAGUCAUGUUGACAUUGGGCAUAAACUAUCAGGGUUCCUUAUGUUCGUUCCCCCUGAGGUGAAAAUAGGUAAAUAAUUCUUGUCCCAAGGAGGAGCAGGGGUUAGGAAGCCCUCACGCUUCUGGGCUAAGGGACCAUUCCAGGGAAGUACCCGCUCUCGCCAGCGUGACUCAUGUUCUGCGGGCACUGAACACGAGGGUGGAAA